CCUCUCGGACAUCCGCCAUGGCCACGGCUGCGGGUUGCACACCCCACGGCGGGUGCUCCCGCACGCAGAGGCCACAUCUCAGCAAGAUGGAACGGGUGGUCGUGAGUAUGCAGGACCCCGACCAGGGCGUGAAGAUGAGGAGCCAGCGCCUUUUGAUCACCGUCAUUCCCCACGCGGUAGCAGGCAGAGACCUGGUGGAAUGGCUGGUCCAGAAGUUCUGCAUCUCGGAGGAGGAGGCCCUGCACCUGGGCACACUCCUGGCGAAGCACGGCUACAUCUACCCGCUGCGUGAGUCCCGAGACUUGACGCUCCGGCCGGAUGAGACACCCUACAGGUUCCAGACACCCUACUUCUGGACAAGCACUCUGUGGCCAGCUGCUGAGCUGGACUAUGCCAUCUACCUGGCUAAGAAGAACAUCCAGAAACAAGGGGCCCUGGUGGACUAUGAGAAGGAACACUAUGCCCAGCUGCACAAGAAGAUCAACCACGCAUGGGAUCUAGUAGUGAUGCAGGCUCGAGAGCAGCUUCGGGCAGCUAAGCAGCGCCGGAAGGGAGACAGGCUGGUCAUUUCAUGUCAGGAGCAGACAUACUGGCUGGUGAACAAGCCCCCUCCUGGGGCACCUAACAUUCUGGAGCAGGGUCCUGAGAAGGGUUCUUACCACUCCAGUCGACUACAGAUGACCUAGAGCUCGGAUUUCUAUAAGUGUGAGAUCGAGCGCUUCAGGAAGGCGUUGGUCAGGAACCGGGUGAAGUCCUCUGUCUGCCUCGAGGCGUACCUGAAGUUCAGCAGCCAGCAUGGCCCGCACGAUCCCAUCAUGUCAGGAUGCCUGCCCAGCAACCCUUGGAUCACGGACGAUGUCACCUACUGGGCCAUGAAUGCGCCCACGGUGGCUGCCCCCACAAAGCUGCGUGUUGAGAGAUGGGGCUUCAGCUUCCGGGAGCUCCUGGAUGACCCCGUGGGGCGUGGCCACUUCAUGGAUUUUCUCCAGAAGGAGUUCAGCGCGGAAAACCUCAGCUUCUGGGAGGCAUGCGAGGAACUGCGCUUUGGCAGGCAGGCCCAGGUCCCUGAGCUGGUGGAUGCUGUCUAUCAGCAGUUCCUAGCCCCUGGAGCUGCCCGCUGGAUCAACAUUGACAGCCGGACGAUGGAGUGGACCCUGGAGGGGCUUCGCCAGCCGCACCGCUAUGUCCUCGACGCAGCCCAGCUGCAUAUCUACAUGCUCAUGAAGAAGGACUCCUACCCGAGGUUCCUGAAGUCUGACAUAUACAAGGGCCUGCUGGAGGAAGCAGUGAUCCCGCUGGAGACCAAGCGCCGGGCAUUUCCAUUCUUGCGGAAGCCUCUGCACUCAAGCCCCAGCCCUGCUCUUCAAUCUACCCCUGGGGAUCCUCCAGCAACCAGCACCCCUGCAGGUGGCAAUGGGGCGGAGUAGAUGGAUCUUGCGGGUCACCUCAGCUUACCAUCACCCGCCUGACACCCUGUGGAGUCAUGCUGUCCUGGAUACUGGGUCCCGAGCACUGGUGUCUCCUAUGUAGAGAGCCCAGCCUUGCUAUGAGGCCCCUGAGUCUCCACUAAAAUCCCCCCCACACACAUACACCCUUAGAAGAGACUGGUCCAGCCACUGAUUCCUAGCAAGGAGAUUGACUAAGCCUUACCAGGACAGGACUUGUUCCUGGAAGGUAAAAUCAAGGUCCUCAAAGUUCCUCGUACUCUGUAGUUAGGACUAGGUGGUCAUCUUAUCUCUAGAAUAUCAAGUCUUUGACACAUCAAGAGAUGUUGGUCUCUGGCCAUGCCAUCCCAUUGAGGAUGGCUCCACCGCUGCAUAGGUCCCUUAUUCUGCCGAAGCUAAACCCCGUGGCUUCUCAGUAGACUGUAUCUGCAGGCACCACAUUCACCACUAUACACAGCAUCUCUUCCACCUGUCUUACCAGAUCUGAGAAAGGCAAUUCCUGCUGUUGUCCUGACUGUGGUGCUCCCAGGUCCCUUAGGUCUUUGCCAAGGAACAGUCUCCCUAACCAGGCUGUCCUCUGUGCCACCUCCUUCUGCCAUGCAGCUCCCAGCCGGGCUGCUCUCCAGUCU